GGUAUUAUAUAUUUGUGCCCAGGUACAUGACAAUGAGGGAUUGCUGGCACGUCAUGCCAUCCCAACGGCCUACGUUUAAGCAGCUUGUGGAAGACUUGGACAGGAUUCUUGCAAUGACUGUGAAUCAGGAGUACCUUGACCUGUCGGUGACUCUGGAUCAGUACUCGCCCAGCUUCCCGGACACCAGGAGCUCGACGUGUUCAUCCGGGGAGGAUUCAGUGUUCUCCCACGACCCUCUGCCUGAAGAACCGUGCCUUCCCAAGUACCCGGGACAGAUGAACGGAGCACUCAAGCGGAAACACUGAGGCAAGUCGGGCCUUUUUGGUCACGUCCAGUGUGGGAACUCAACUCGUAAGAUCUCAGUUUGUAACUGAGUCGAAUCGAUAACUGUUUUAUUUCUUUUCCCCUUUCCCCCACA